ACUGCCUAUCAGUGCCUACCAGUGCCUCAACACUCACUACCAGUGCCUCAAACGCUACCUAACAGUGCCUUCAGUGCCACCAAAGCCACAGAGUGUCCCACUAUUGUCGACACUAAACACAUCCAAUACUGGCCAUCACUUAUGGCCACUGUUCACCACUUAUGGACCAAAUUGUGUGUCCAGAGGUGUGACACCAAACAUGCUUUGAUACCAACAAUGAUUACCACAAAUCUCGCCAAUAAGUGUGAACCAUCCCAAGCGAGUCCACACUAUCAACCGCUGGCCGCCGAUGUCUCCCUUCUCACCCGGACUUCUUGGGUGGACGCCAAGACUGCCCUCAACCAAAUCGAUAAGGGCAAAGCGUCGGGCAAUGCAUCGGCACUUUGGGUGCGAACCAAACUCCAGACAUAUCUCUACGAUUUGGGUCUUUUCAUACAGAAAAAUGCCGGAAAAGUACUGUUUGUCGGACUUCUGGUACUCAUCACGUUCUGUGUGGGCCUGAAAUCGGCCACAAUUGAGACCAAUGUCGAGCGGCUAUGGGUUGAAGAGGGCGGAAGACUCGAGAAGGAGAUGAAAUACAUCCGAACCACUUUAGGAGAGGGUUUUGGGAGCACUAAUCAAAUUGUGAUCCAAACUCCAAAGAGCACCGGAGCCACUGUUCUCCAUGAAAGCGCUCUAUUACUACACCUCCAGGCCAUGAAAGUGGCCACUAAAGUGACUGUUGAUAUGUUUGAAGUGACGUGGAGACUCAAAGACAUUUGUUAUUCGCCGAGUAUUCCCAGCUUUGAUACUCAUUAUAUCGAUUCAAUGCUUGAGAAUCUGUUCCCAUGCGCUAUAAUCACACCAUUGGACUGUUUCUGGGAGGGCGCCAAACUCCUGGGCCCCGAAUUCCCGGUCCCUAUUCCUGGACUCGGUAUUAACGUCCAGUGGAUUAACUUAAAUCCCGAGCUUCUCAUCGAAACAAUGAUGUCUUCAAUGAGAGGACCAGAGGGUCAACCGAACACUUUCCCAUUUUCAACACUCGUUAAAUUCAUGAAAAGGGCUGGAAUAACGUCUGCCUACCAAAAGAAGCCCUGUUUAGAUCCAACAGACAUCAACUGUCCGUCAACCGCACCAAACAAACAGUCGGGUCUGACACCAGAUAUUGGCGCCGAGUUGACCGGUGGGUGCUAUGGGUUCGCCACUAAAUUCAUGCAUUGGCCCGAAGACCUCAUCAUCGGUGGUGUCAAGAAGAAUAAAACGGGUCAUAUAGUGCGCGCCAAAGCUCUUCAAUCUAUCAUUCAAUUGAUGGCCGAACAAGAGAUGUAUGAGUUCUAUCAGCACACAUACAAAGUCCAUAACCUGGACUGGUCUGUAGAUAAGGCCCGUAUGGUUCUCGAGGCCUGGCAGAGGAAGUUCGCUGAAGAAGUGCAGAAGUUUACGAACAACGACCACAAUCUCAAACAUCAAGACAUCCAUCUCUUUACGAGCACUUCAUUGAUGGAUAUAAUGAAGAAUUUUUCAGAUGUGAACGUGAAAAGGGUUGCGAUUGGAUAUAUACUUAUGUUGGUUUACGCCGGAUAUUCGCUCUCUAAGUGGAACAGUACUGGCGAUUCACUCAGUCUUCUGGGAAUAGCAGGCGUUAUAAUUAUUGGUCUUUCAGUCGCCGCUGGACUCGGAUUUUGCGCUUUAAUUGGCUUAGCAUUCAAUGCCUCCACAACUCAAAUAAUCCCAUUCCUGGCUCUGGGAAUAGGUGUGGAUAAUAUGUUUCUGUUGGCGCACACAUACUCUCAAAAUUCGGCGACACCUUUCAAAAAUAAAAGUGGUGAAUGUCUGAAACAGAUUGGAUCCAGUAUUUUGCUCACUUCAUUUGGCAACAUCUGUGCCUUUCUCGCCGCUGCAAUCAUUCCCAUUCCAGCCCUCAGAUGCUUCGCUCUUCAGGCGGCGAUUCUCAUAGCAUUUAUCUCAGUGUCGGUCAUAUUCCUGAUCCCAGCGGUGGCCAGCAUUGACCUCAGGAGGAGUCGGACAAAGCGAAAGGAUAAACCGUGUUGUCUAUACACUAGUGUUUCAAACACUGAUACCACUAAUCAAAUGAAGUCGAGUCACAAAAAACUGUUUCAUAAGAAUAAAAACGAUAUUAAGAAGUGUAUCGUUCAGGCACUGCCACCCGACCGCUCACAUGUGGUCACUAUUUUAGCGUCUGAUAAGAGUGUCAAACAACCAUUUCUAUGUAAAAAUGAUCAAAAAUUGUGUAAAUGUGCUGCAAAUGACAGUCAAGUGAGAGAACAGUGUGCUCUGGAUGUGAACAAAGUGGACAAACAGUGCAAAAAUUACAACAAAUAUACAUUAACUUAUUUCGCAGACAAUAUCUACGGACCAAUUCUGCAACGAAAACCAGUGAAAGCAGUCGUUGUGUUCAUGUUUUUAGUGAUUUUAAUAAUCAGUGUUACGGGUCUGUUACGCGUCGACGACGGACUCGACUUAACAGAUAUAGUGCCGCGAAAUACCAUUGAAUAUAGAUUUCUUAGUUUUCAGAGAAAAUAUUUUAGUUUUUUUAAUAUGUUUGCCGUAACUCAGGGUAACUUUGAAUACCCCAACAACCAGAAGCUGCUUCACGAAUAUCAUCAGGCGUUCACUCGUGUCGGACCCAUCAUUAAGAACGAUGACGGAGGACUUCCCGAGUUCUGGCUCACUAUGUUUAGGGACUGGUUGUUAGGUCUUCAGGAGGCCUUCGACAGGGACUGGAAGAAUGCAUGCAUUACUCGCGAGAAUUGGUUCGCAAACGCGUCCGACGAGGGAAUACUAGCGUACAAACUGUUAGUUCAAACCGGAAGGGUUGACAAUCCGGUCGACAAGUCAUUGGUAUUAAGUAUGCGAUUAGUGGAUGAGGUCGGAGUGAUUAACCCGAAAGCCUUCUACAACUACUUGACGGCGUGGGUGUCGAACGACGCGUUGGCUUACUCUGCAUCUCAGGCCAGUUUCAGACCAGAGCCGCGUCAAUGGAUUCACGUGGCGCAAGACGUUGAGCUCAAAAUCGCGAAAUCGCAACCUUUAGUCUACGCACAAAUGCCUUUCUAUUUAAAUAACAUGAGAACUACAGCGGAGAUCACGGAUACGAUUGAAGUGAUUCGAGCCAUUUGUCAGAAGUUUGAAGACAAAGGACUUCCAAACUUUCCGACAGGAAUUCCAUUUAUAUAUUGGGAACAAUACGUUAGACUUCGGUUCUACUUAUUUUCGGCACUCGUUGUCGUAUUGGCCGCAGUAUUUCUAGUGAUCAGCGCCUUUUUGCUCAACCCCUGGACCGCAACCCUUAUUGUCGCCAUUUUAAUCAUGAUUGUCAUUGAAUUGUUUGGUCUCAUGGGUUGGCUCGGCAUUAAACUAAGUGCUGUUCCCGCGGUUAUACUUAUAGUGUCCGUUGGAAUUGGUGUUGACUUCGUUUCUCACAUAACUCUGAGCUUUUUGAUGAGUAUUGGGAGCAGAAACCACAGAAUGAGAAUGGCUUUACAGCAUAUGUUUACUCCCGUCACUCAUGGCAUUGUCUCAACACUAUUCGGGAUCGUUAUGUUGGCCUUCUCUGAGUUUGAUUUUAUUAUAAGAUAUUUCUUUUAUGUGUUAUUUGGAGCGGUAUUAUUGGGAGCACUCAAUGGAUUGGUAUUACUGCCAGUCCUCCUCUCCCUGAUUGGUCCUCCAUCUGAGAUAAUCCCAUUCGACUACGAGGACCGCAUAUCGACUCCAUCCCCGGACCCGUCUCCGUGUGUGAACCGCAAAAAGCAGCGCUCAGUCAGUGGUCCGUACUUUUCUCGCCGAACGUAUCCGAGAGUUCAGUCGGAAAUAUCUCUGUCGACGAUAUCAGAAGAGCCGCAAUCAUACCAUUCUUCUCAUGAGAUUGUGGUUCAGCCGGAAUUCGUUGUCGAGACCACUACUAUCACUAACCCAAUGACCGGUUGCACUCAAACCAUAUCACAAACGUCUACCUCAGCCUCUACUACACCCACGUCUACUAAUGAGACAAAUGCAUCGGAGAGUCCGACGCCAUCGACUGAUCGCGAAAGUCCGGCAAUGAGUGAAAGCAGCGGCACGUCGUCUAUGAGUGAUAACAGUUGUGGUACCAAAUCAUCACUACCUCCUCAGGGCUUAUGUCAGUCUCAAUCUCAACAUACGGUCACCACUAAAGUGAUGGCAACCGCGAAGCUUAAGGUUGAAGUCCACGCGCCUUAUAUUGAUAGGGAAUUUAACUACAAUAGCAAUAGUCGGCCCAACAGUCGGAAUAGAGAUCAUUGCCGAAGACAUAGUCGCGCGUCUGACGCAUAAAAAACAAUUAGUUUUGUAUUUAAUUAAUUUAAACUCAAGUUAUAGAGUAAUUGGAGAU